CCAUCGUGUUGUCAUCUGUCACUUGCAACCUUGCAACUUUGCAACCUCAUCUUUGAAUUUUCGUGGUUAUGUGGAACUUUAUUGUAUGGAAGCAAUUAUUCUUGUAUAACUGUAUUAUCAUUAGUGCGUCGUCCGUUAGUGCUAAACGGGACUUAUCGAUAUUCUUCGAGCAUGUCUCCCCACGGUUCCACAUCGUCGGUGGGACGCCCUCUGACCCUGGCAGUGCCCCGUACAUGGUGGCAUUAUCAUUGGGUGGAACUGUCAAGAGCUUCUUUUGUGGUGGUUCCCUGAUAACUACCGAAACUGUUCUAACUGCUGGGCAUUGCGUAGAGGCGGUACAUUUUGGCGGUAGACUAAUUCCUUCACUCCACGGAACAGUGGGCACCAACCACUGGAUGCGCGGCGGAGUCACGUUCGGCUUCAGAGGCAACGUGACCCACCCGCAGUACAGCCACGACGAGAUCAAGAACGACCUGGGCAUGCUGCUCGCCGCCGCCCCCAUCCACCUCACGAAUCUCAUCCAGCCGGUGCCGCUGAGCUAUGACCUGAUUGGCGAAAAUGUGGCUGUUAAGGCGACUGGUUGGGGGAAAACUAGAGCCAACAGUAGUCCCCACUCAGAAGUCCUAAUAGACCUGUACACGAGUACUAUCCAGUCCUCUACUUGUGUCCUGGACGUUCAGAAAACUGCAAUGGACCUCGGUAUCUAUGCGCCGCCGGUGGACCCCGCGCACGAGAUCUGCACGUUCCACUCUCCAGGGCAUGGCAUGUGCAAUGGCGACAGCGGCAGCGCGCUGCUGCGGCGCGACUCGCUGCAGCAGGUGGGCAUCGUGUCGUGGGGCUUCCCCUGCGCCAUCGGCGCCCCCGACAUGUACACGCGGGUCAGCGCCUAUCGGGACUUCAUCGAAGACGGGAAGAAGUACCAGCAAGACAGAUUCUAGGCUUGUGUGUUACGUACUUACCACUUUUGUAGUAUGCAU